UCGUCCUCCUCUCACGCACCCUCUUCAACUGUCGGAGGGGCUGGCGUUGGCCGCCGGCUCGGUGGAGACAGGCGCGGCCGGAGGGGCGGGCCUCGGCUGCCGGCGAGCUCGUAUGCGGCUCGGCCGACAGCGUGCGUGCUGGCGGGCGCGGGCAGGGGAGCUCGCCGCCGGCAAGCGCGUGGGUGGCGAGGCCGUUGGGAGCGGGCGGCCUAGCUCGCCGCCGUCCGCGAGCGCGUGGGUGGCGCGGCCGCACAAGCCCGGGCGUGGGGAGCUCGCCGCGGGUCGCCGUCGAGGCCUAGCCGGCCAGGAGCUGUGGAGAGAGAUGUGGAGAGAGCAGCGAGAGAGAUGUAAUUAAAAAAUAUUGAACCUUUUGCUUUUAUCGAGCUACGGGGAAGCGGCAGUGCGGUCGGCCGGCCAUUGCGGCCGGGUGCCCCAAUCGCUAACCGAGAGGAAUAUUUCAUUUGGAGAGGAUUACAGGGAUGCGCACCAACCUGCCCUUGAACAUGACCUCCAUCCUCGAGCAGACGAAUAGUUUAGCCCUUGGCAGGGAAUCAGGGAUCCAAUGCUCUUUCUACUACCUCUCUCAUUAAUUAUUGCCUUCACCUUACCCCCUGCAUCUGGAUCCCAUCGACCUCUGCUUCGUGCUCUUCCAAGGCGGCUGCGAGCGGUGAGCUGUGUUGCGGCCGAGCAAGCUUGAUUAAUCAAGCAACCUCGGUCCGGCGACGAGCGGCGGGCAGCGAUCCAGCAAACCAGCGAGUCCUAAGCACCGGCGACAAGGAGAGGGCGGCAACCGGGACAAAUCCAUGGAGAUCGUGACAGGGGCAAUUCCAUUGAUCUCCAUACACCACUGCUGCUCAUAGCUCACACAUACACACUACAAUCUCGCUCCUUGAGCCCAGAGGCAGAUCCGGCCAUGGAGGUGGUGACAGGGGCACUGCCGAGCGUCAUCACCAAGCUUGGUGACCUGCUUGUCGGUGAGUACAAGCUGCAGAAGGGAGUGAAGGGAGAGAUCAGGUUCCUCCAAGCUGAGCUCGAGAGCAUGAAGGGUGCUCUUGAGGAAGUCUCCAACACCCCGGCUGACCAGCUUGACAUUCAGGACAAGAUUUGGGCCAAGGAUUUGAGAGAGCUGUCCUACGAUAUAGAGGACAAUAUUGACACAUUCAUGGUCCGUGGAGAGGGCAAUGAGCAGGCCAAGCUGCGUGGCAUCAAGAAGUUCAUUGAUAGAAGUGUUGGUUUGUUCAGAAAGGCCAAGGUUCGCCAUGGCAUUGCUACUGAAAUUAGAGACAUCAAGAGCCGUGUUGAAGAGGUGGCCAAGCGGCAUGAUCGGUACAAGUUAUCAAACACUAAUGUAGCUAAGCCUGUCACAAUCGACCCUCGAUUACUUUAUCAGUACGAUAAGGUGACUGAGCUCGUUGGCAUUGAGGAGGCAAGAGAUGAGGUAAUUCGGAUUCUGAUGGAAGGCAAUGAAGUGUCCAAGCAGCAAGACAAGAUAAUUUCCAUUGUUGGGUUUGGAGGCCUGGGAAAGACAACUCUUGCUGAUGUGGUGUAUAAAAAGCUUAGAGCACAAUUUGAGUGCGCAGCUUUUGUUUCGGUAUCUCAGACACCUGACCGGGAAGAACUACUCAAGCGCAUGUUCUGUCAACUUGUCGGGAGGGAAAGUAACAAGAGCAGCGAUGUUGCCAGAGAGCUCAGAGAAUUCCUCGAGAAUAAGAGGUACUUCGUUGUUAUUGAUGACAUAUGGAAACUCUCAGACUUCAAAAUGAUUAAACGUGCUUUGCCUGGUAAUAAUGUUGGAAGCAAAAUAAUCACAACUACUCGUGAUCUCAAUAUUGCUGAACAAGCUGGCUCUGUUUACAAGUUGCAGCCCAUUUCUCCAAACAACUCUCGGAAACUAUUUUUUAGAAGAAUAUUUGGUAAUGACGACAAAGACAACAACGAAGAAGAAGAAAGGUGUCCUAACGAUGAGUUGGCUGAAGUAUCUGACAGAAUACUGAAGAAAUGUGCUGGUGUGCCAUUAGCUAUAAUUACGAUGGCUAGUUUGCUAGCUUGCAAAGCAAGAGAUAAAAUGGAGUGGUAUGAGGUGUGCAAUUCUGUUGGUACUGGUUUGGAAAACAAUCUAGAUGUGGAGAAUAUGAGAAAGAUUUUGUCAUUUAGCUAUUAUGAGCUACCAUGCCAUUUAAGGGCUUGCUUGUUAUAUUUGAGCAUGUUUCCUGAAGAUUAUAUGAUUGAGAAGGAUCGUUUGAUAAGGAUGUGGAUAGGUGAAGGUUUUAUCCAAUGUGAAAAAGUAGGGAAGAGCCUAUUUGAACUCGGAGAGAGUUAUUUCAAUGAGCUUAUAAACAGAAGCAUGAUCCAACCAAUACAUGAUAUUUCAGAUGAUAUGAUAUUUAGCUGUCGUGUACAUGAUAUGGUGCUUGAUCUUAUCCGCUCCUUGUCAAGUGAAGAAAACUUUGUUACUGUACUAAGUGAUAUGGGAGGCACAUCUCCGUCAAAUACGAUUCGAAGGUUGUCCCUUCAGAAUGGCCAGGACAGUCACGUGAUGGCUCAAGCUACAUGGAGCUUGCAACAUGCAAGGUCAGUUGUUGUCUUUCCAGCUACUGCUUCUCUAGUGCCACCUCUUGACUGCUGCCGGGUAUUACGUGUUCUGGAUUUAGAGGACUGCAAUCUUUCACAAGCUAAUAGUAGCCUUAAGUACAUUGGGAAUUUGCAUCACUUGAGAUACUUGGGACUUCGUCGGACAGGUAUUUCUCAGCUCCCGGAAGAAAUAGGAAACCUGCAGCUUCUACAAACAUUGGAUGCAAGGUACAACAAUAUUUCCAGGUUGCCUUCGAGUGUUGUCAAGCUAAGAAAGUUGAUGUGCCUCUACAUUGACUGGACUACAAUAGUUCCAAACAGAAUUGGAAACCUGACAUGCCUUGAACAGCUGUCAAAGUUACGCAUUGAUGACUCCACUAGAAACAUUGUAGAAGAGUUAGGCCAGCUAACUGAACUGAGGCAGCUGCACAUUGAGUUGGACGAGUGGAACGACAAGCUGUUGGAGUGCCUAUGCAAGCUACAAAAGAUGCAGAAACUAUUUAUCACGGUCUAUUCUGGUCAAUGUAGCAUCGGCGGAUUGGAUGCCUGGGUCGCCCCUCGACAUCUCCGCGUAUUUAAUACAUCCGGCUAUUGGUUUUCAACACUUCCGGCUUGGGUGAAUCCAUCGCUUCUUCUGGAUCUCACCUCCCUAUACAUCGCUGUGAGGGAACUACAUGAGGCCAAUCUCGAAAUUCUCGGGAGGUUGCCAGCUCUCCGCUAUCUAAUUCUGGAGGUGGACAAGGAGAACCUUAGUAUAAUUCGGGGAUUCGUUGUUGGUGCUGAUGUGUUCCCAUGCCUUUUAUGCUGUUACUUCCGUCAAUUUGUAUGGCCAGUGGUAUUUCAACAGGGAGCUAUGCCAAGGCUUAGAGAGCUUUGGUUUUGGCCGUUUUAUCUGCGGGAGGCAAGAGGAAUUGCGUGCAAUGACGGUAGUCUCGACUUGGGCCUAGGAAACCUGCCAUCGCUGCAGGUUAUCCAAGCUGUCCUGCGAUGUGAUGGUGCUGGCAAGGAGGAGGUGGAGCAAGCCAAGGCUGCGCUGACGCAUGAAGCAGAAAUGCAUCCCAAUCAUCCCUUCCAUUCGAUCCGUAUUACAGUCUGAUAUACAGACGACAAUGACGAGUAAUAUAAGACUUUACGCCGGAAGGUGAAGCUGGAGCAGAGCAGAUGACUUGGGUGUGUUUGGAUCCCCGAGCUAAAUUUUAGCCCCUGUCACAUUGAAUGUUUGGACACUAAUUAGGAGUAUUAAACAUAGGCUAAUUACAAAACCAAUUUCACAACCCCUAGGCUAAAUCGCGAGA